AUGCAGGUUUUGUCCCCCUGGCGCCGCGAGCUGCCCGACGCCCUGCUGGGUCUGCGGCCCCCUUCCCGGGGCGGCCGCUCCCCCUCCCCCCUUCCACUGGAGAAGCCCAAGUCGGCUUCUCUUUCGAUCCGGAGGCUCGAAGAACUUUCUGGCUGUUGUUUGAAGGUUCAACGACCUAGUUGCGGUGCGCCUGAUGCCAGAGGUCCGUUUCCCGGGCCCGCCGCGGAGGAUCGAGCGGCCACGAUCAUCCAGUGUGCGUUCCGGCAGCUCCUGGCCCCAAGGGCCCUGGCCCGCCGCCGGCAGGAGCACCGCAACUACCUGCAGCGCGUUGAACGGCUGGAGAGGGAGGCCUUCGUGGCCCUGGUGCGGAGGGAGCAGGAGGCGGCGCGAAGGCGGCGGGAGGCGGAGGACGCGGCCGAGCGGCGGCGGCAGGAGGAUCGUCAGCGCGGGGCGCGGCUGAGGGAGGCGGCCUUCGACGGCAAGGGCGAGAUCAAGGCGGUCCUGCGGGAGGUGGACGAGAUGCUGACUCGCGAGGGCGUGGGCCACGACGAGGCGGGGUUGGCGCUGCGGCGGCGGGGGCGCGUGGCCCUGGUGGAGAGCGAGGACCGCGGCGGGAACACGCCGCUGUCGGAGGCGGCGGCCGGGGGGCAGGCCCUGGCCAUCCGGCUGCUGGCGGAGCAGGGCGCCAGCCCCAACAGCAAGGGCGCCUACGGCCGGACGCCGCUGUACCGGGCGGCCUUCGGGGGGCACCUGGAGGCUGUGGAGGCGCUUCUGGAGCUCGGAGCGGACCCCCGGGUGUACGCAGAAGACGGUAGCACCCCCGAGCAGGUGGCCUCCCUGGACGCCGUGGUUAGUGUGCUGAGGUCCUGGGACCUAGGCCUCGCUGAGGCCGUGCUGCAGAGCAUGGAGGCCGAGCGGCAGCGCCGGGCCCGGGGGGCCGAGCGACAGGAGGAGGCACAGGCCGAGCGCCUGAAGUCCCGAGUGCAGCAGCUGGCUAAGGAAGGGUGGCGGCGCCACAGAGAGCUGCAGCAGGCCCACUGUGAGCUCAACCAGAGGAUCACGGAGCUCGACAAGUGUGAAGGGAGGCGCCUGGGCCGCACUGAGCUCACGCUGCAGGCCAUCAAGGACGCGGAGGCCCAAGUGGACAGGCUACGUCUGGAGGCCCAGAAGGCGGAGGAGACGCUGGCCAUGGCCAGGCUGGAGCUGCGGGAGCGGACCCAGGAGGGUGGGCGGGGCCCACUCCUGGGCGAGUGGGGGGUGGGGGCGUUGGGUCCUCCUGCCUCGCCGCCACCAUCCUAUGACCCCACAGGGGAGGAGGAGGAGGAGGCAGCGGCGGCGCCGGGGCUGAAAUGCCAGGUCACUGAGCUGCACGACGUACUAAUGAAGGAUGUGGGCGACCGCGUCCGCGCGGAUGGCAGGUGGCCUCUUGUCAUCGACCCUUCGGGCCAGGCAGCCACCUUCCUGCGCUACCAGGACACCAACUACGUGGACGCGGUGAACCCGGACCACUUGCGGCCGGAGAGGAUCCGGCUGGCGCUGCUGGGGGCGCUCAGGUACGGGAAGCCGCUGGUGUCCGACCUGCGCGACGUGGACCUGUUCCCCGCCGUGCGGCAGCAGCCGGAGGCGGUGCAGCCCGGCCUGGCGCAGGAGCUGCUGGGCCGCGGGCUCCUGGAGCGGGAGCGGUACCUGUCGCUGGUGCGGCCCGCCGACGGCCCCGAGUACGGCCCCGCCGGGUUCCAGGAGGCGCGCCUGCGGCACUUCCGCCUUCUCCUCGUCACCGUCACCGUCACCGGGGCUCAGCGGCCGUCGGAGGAGCAGCUGCGGGUGCUGCUCCCGGUGCGCGUGCAGCUGCCCCGCGGGGGCCUCCAGCGCCCGGCCCAAUAAAGUCGGCCCCGGGCAUGCGGGGCCUUGACCCCAGUACCGUUACCU